AUGAGACGAAAAAUGAAGUUGUGGAGACGCGUCUCCGGAGCUAUAAAGGACAAACUCAGUCUCAUCACCGCGACGGAUGAAAAAUUCACGGCGGCGGUUAUCAAAGCGACGAGUCAUAACGAUGUCUCAAUGGACAUCGAAAACGUUCAAUUCAUCUAUAGAUACAUACAGAGCAACCCUUCCAGUUUCAAACCAAUUAUACGCGCCGUCUCGUUACGCGUGGAACACACGCGUAACUGGACGGUGGCUUUGAAAUGUUUGAUGUUAUUGCACGGCUUGUUCUUCUCCGGAAUCAUGACCGUCGAUUCGAUCGGACGGUUACCGUUCGAUCUUUCGGGUUUCGGGAGAAGGAAAUCUCGGUUUAGUAGAACCGGUCGGUUUAACAUCUUCGUUCGCGCUUAUUUCAUGUUUCUUGACGAAAGAUCGAUUCUCUAUUAUAACAAGAACAUGAUUCGAUUAGAGAUUAUCGUUAAGAUGCAACGAAUAGUUGAUUCAUUGAUGAGAAUCAAACCAAUUGGUGAAACACCUCUUGUAAUCGAAGCUAUGGAAUAUGUAAUCAGCGAGGUUGUUUUGAUUAACGGUCAUAUAUGCCGCGGAUUCGCGGGUUUCUUAUCCGAUGUACAGUCGAAUAUGCUCGAGAUAUCGUCCGCGGAGGCGGAUUUGGCGAUGAAUAUCGUGGCGAAAUCUUUGUCGCAGAGAGAAAAACUCUUCAAGUAUUUCGAAUUCUGUAGAGGUUUUGGUGUCACCAACGCUCAAGAAACCUCUAAUAUCUUGCGAAUCACGGAAUCUCAAAUGAUAGUUCUCGACAAGCUUCUCCAUAUCGCCCCCGAGUUAGAUUGGAAAGCCGCAAAAGUAACGCCGGUAACCGCGGCGGAUAUGGUGGAUUUGGUGACCAGCGAGGAGCGCUCUAAUACUCCAUCAGAUUUUCUUACCUUCUAAUCACGUAAUUAGUAGCUAAUCAUGUUAUAGUCUAACGUUGUUUGUACAUCUGUGUAUGUUAAUGUGUAUAAGAUAAGGUAAAAAUGCAAAUAAACAACCUU